UUUGGCACGGUUUAGUAUCGUCGCGACAAUUAUCGUAAUUAACUCGUUUAUGUGUUGUGUGCUAAUCCAAUUACCAAGUUCGCACAGGAUGCCCCCAAUCGUGGCAGGCGAGCAGAACACAAAUUAAUUGAAUCAAUCGGACAAAUCAAGAAUUUAGUUUCAAAUUAAAAAUCACUUGCAUUAUCUACAGAUCGUGAUCUACCUUAAUUGAUAGUUUUAAAAGUUAUAAAAUAAACAAGUUCUUAAUUCUAAAUUCACCGCCGAAUUUUUAAGCAUGUUAAACUAUCAGCAGCAAUUGCAUUCUCUGCCCGUCGGUAAUCCGGGAAAUUUCUACUACGGACCGACGGGUUCGCACUCCCUGACAGUUUCCGGUGAGGUUUAUCCUUCCCAUCAGUCGCAUAAUCUUGAGUCCGAGGAUAAGCUGAAUGAUCGCGAGGAGAGUGUCCGGAAUAUGGAAAAAAUUCACAGAUUCUCGGUUGACAACAUCAUGGAUAUGAAACACGAUGCCUAUGCCAAGGGCAAAAUUGCCAUGGAACUCAACAACAACAAUUACGGCACCGCUGGCGUUGGUGGAGGAAAUGGUGGAGCUGCUUGCUCCGGAAAUCUCCCUGUUGGCCACUCGAGGAAGCCGCGCCGCAAUCGCACCACCUUCAGCUCCGCCCAACUGACGGCCCUGGAGAAGGUAUUCGAGAGAACCCACUAUCCGGAUGCCUUUGUUCGCGAGGAGCUGGCCACCAAGGUGCAUCUGAGUGAGGCAAGAGUUCAGGUCUGGUUUCAGAAUCGCCGGGCGAAAUUCCGGCGGAAUGAGCGAAGCGUGGGCUCGAGGCCUCUGUUAGAUACAGCUCCUCAGCUGGUGCCGGCCCCCAUUAGCAAUAAUAUGCACAAAUAUGCCAAUCUGCCACACCCACCGCCACCGCCGCCCCCAGGGGCAUAUGCCCUAAAUUUUGGACCACUUGAACUGCGUUCGUGCCAGAAUUAUACGAACUGCUAUGGAGGAUUCGGUACGAAUCCGGCCACCAACAGCGGUGUCUGUUCCUUCUUUGGAGCCACCAACUACUGCGUGGCCGCCAAUUACGCGAAGAACGCCUAUCCGCCGUUGUGAUGACGUCGGCUAGAGUUUUUCUGAUGGGCCCCACGAGGUUACUACUUCAUGCAUAUGUAUUUCAAUUAGCCAAAUUGCAUUAAUGCUUAAAAAUGUA